CAUUCAUUUUCUCAACAUUUAAAUCUUUCAAUGGCAACUUUAACAUAUGUUUUCACUCUAUUCAUCUUUUUAUUCAUAAACAAAAUCACCACUACCAACUCACAACCAUUUCUCAACUCGGUGGAGCAAGACUCGGUCUACCGAGUCCUUGACUCACUCAACUCAGCCAUCCCAUGGCGGUCACUCUUCCCAGACGACCUCUGCUCCUCUGCCCCACACGGCGUCGUUUGCGGCUACACCACUUUACCCACCCAAUCCGACCCGGGAACCGUAAACAUCCUCGAACUCAGUUUCGGGUACGUUUCCGACCACAACCCGAACCCGCCAUGCGACCCGAACUCCACCUUCGACCCGUUAAUCCUCUCCUCAUUUCCAUACCUUCGUAAACUCUUCUUCUACAACUGUUUUUCCCACCAACCCGUUUCUCUACAACCCUUUUUUGAACUCGGGUCGGGUCUUGAAGAGCUUGUUUUUAUACAAAACCCGAGUCUUUUCGGGUCUUUAUCAGAAUCGAUAACUAACUUGACUAACUUAAAGAGGUUGGUGAUCACCGGAACUAAUGUUUCCGGUGAAAUCCCAGAUGGGUUUGGUUUGUUAAACAAUCUUGAAGAAGUUACACUUUCCGGCAACAAACUCGCCGGAAGUUUGCCGGAAAAUGUGUCAAAGCUAAAGAAACUGAAGAUUCUUGAUCUUAGCCGGAAUGGGUUUGAAGGGAAUAUUCCGGCGGGUAUUGGGGAGUUGAAGAGUUUGAUAAAACUUGAUUUGAGUUUGAAUUUUUUUUCCGGUGGGUUUCCGGCGAGUAUGAAGGGUUUGAAGUGUUUGGAGCUUUUGGAUUUGAGUUAUAAUAAGUUUUCAAAUUGUGGGAUACCUUUGGUGUUUGAAGAGAUGAGGGAACUUAAGGGGUUGUUUUUGAGUGGGAAUGAAUUAGGAGGGGUGAUUCCUGACAUUUGGGGGAAGUUGAGGGGUGUGAAUGGGAUUGGGUUUUCAGGGUUAGGGUUGGUUGGUGAUAUUCCAUCUUCUAUAGGGGUGUUUUUGUCAAAUUUGAGUUAUUUAGCUCUUGAUAAUAAUAAGUUAACAGGGAGUGUGCCUUUGGAGUUUGAAAGGUUGAAAAUGUUGAGUGAGUUGAAUUUGAAGAACAAUAGUUUGAGUGGGAGAUUACCAUUUUCUGCUAAGUUUGUUUCAAGAAUUGGGAGGAAGCUUGGGGUGCAAGGGAACCCUGAGUUGUGUUUGGAUAAAAGGGUAUUUGGGUCAUUUUCCAAGAUUAAUAGUGAUUUGGGGCACUUGAAGGUUUGCAAGAGGGUUGAAGUUCCCAAAUAUGCCCUUCCUCAUGUUAGUAGUAGCUCAAGAUCAAUUGGUUAUCAAGUUUCAUCUUUACUAGUGAUGUUUGUUUGGUUUUACUUUAUUUAGGGGGUAAGGUUUGCCACUUCAAGUGCAAAUAUGUAAUUAGGUUCUUACGGAUGUAUACACUUUUGUAUAUGAAAUGAAUGUUUAAAACUCCAAACUACCA